AUGCAUAAAUUACAUACCAGAUUGUACAAAGGAAGCAAGAACAGGCUCCGGCAGCGCCUCAGGAUCACUAUCGGGAUCCGUAUCACAUCCACCUUCGUAGUCCCUCACGUACCAUUCAAUCACCUUAAACAACUCCGAAUUGAAACUCACCUUUUUGGAUCCAGACUGUUUGAUUUUCUUGUAAUCGGAGAGCAAAGAGUCCCACUUCCUACGACACUGGUUCAGGUUGCGAUUCACGCCCAACGCGUUGCAAUUCUCGACAAUGAUCUUCCAUUUCUGGAAGGAAGCGAGGGUGUCGCCACAAAUCAGCUUCCACCGCAGAGACCUCGUUGA